GCUGGGGACCGAACCCAGGGCCUUGCGCUUCCUAGGUAAGCGCUCUACCACUGAGCUAAAUCCCCAGCCCCUUAUUUGUAUUUUUUUAUUUGUAUUUUAUUUAUUUGUAUUUUUCCAGAAUAAUAAAUUUACUGUAGAAAGGAUUAUACGCAUCAAUUUUAGGACAGCGUAUCACAUCUGGAGAAUGGGGAAGAGACUGUGGUUUGCUCAAUGCUCUUUCUCACUAAAAGAGUGUAGUCUUCAUGGGGGUCAUAAACUAUGACUUUUGGGUCUGGUUCACUCCCCGUCAGGUGUCUAUGGAGGAAAAUUCCCUUGGAAUGAGAUCUCAUCAGUGUAUGUACGGUCUUAGACAAAACUUAUAGUAGAAAUUAAAGGAAAACACAGUAAGGGUAUUAAGGGGGCCGAGGAGGUCGCUCAGUUGGUAGAGUGCUUGCAUAGCAUGCACGAGACCCUGGGUUCGAUUCCCAGACAUGAAUGAACUGAGUGUGAUAGAGAUCACUAACACAAGGAGUGAGCUGAAAGAUUUACAAAGACACGAGACGGGGUGACUUCUCAUCCUCAGUCCUGACAACAUGUGAGUCUCCACUCUGAAGAAGUCACUAUACCCUGGGCAUGAUUGAUAUAAGACUCCCAUCCUGAAUUCCUGAAUGCGAGAUGUAGGCUCAUAUAGAUCAGUUGGUGACUGUUUGGGGAGGCUAUAGAACUAGGAGGUAGUUCCUUGCCAUUUAGGUUGGCUUUGAGGUUAUAGCGUGGGCCCAUUUCUCUCUCUCUCUCUCUCUCUCUCUCUCUCUCUCUCUCUCUCUCUCUCUGUCUUCAUGGCUCCAUGCCUCCCAUUGUGAUGAACUGUGAACCCCUUCCCUCUAAGGCUAUUGCUUGACAUUAGAUCACAGCAACAGAAACAUAACUGUGAUACCAUAUAAUGUCAUGGUGCAAUAAAGUGAUGUUUUUAAAAAAAUAUUGCAGAUUAUCUAAAAAAAAAACCCACAUGGUAAUUUGAAUUUGUAGCUGCGGUAGCAGCAGCAAAGGAAACUAGGUAAGCUGCUCUUAACGAUCCCUAAGGGCUCAAAGAGAAAAUUACCAACCCAGAAUCUUGAUAUCUGGAAACAAAUACAACUACUACAUCUCUCCAGGUCAGGAUGUGACUCAGGAAAAAGGAAGAUGAUCUCAGACAGAAGGUCGGGUUGCCAAAGAGCUGGUGGGCAGAGAAAAUGCAGGCAAACACUAUUGAAAUGUUGAGACAUCCAGGAUAGUACCUUUCUCAGAAGUAAGAUCUGACUUUUUUUUUUCUUUUCUAUUUUUCAAAGCUGGGGACCGAACCCAGGGCCUUGCGCUUGCUAGGCAAGCGCUCUACCACUGAGCUAAAUCCCCAACCCCAAGAUCUGACUCUUUUAUCAGUCUUAGAUCACAUCAAGUGUGGCGAAAACCAGGAAGUGCACAUAGAGGAAAUAGGGGCUGGAAUACAGCUCGGCUGGUAGAGUCUUACUGGGCUUGCACUGUUGGGUCUGGGGUAGCACAAAUGAUGAGGACCCUGUAGUACACACAAGCAGGAGCAGUUUAUUGACCCUGGAUGUCUAAAGCGAAUUGAUUAGGGACAUGGCCAGACAUGGGAGCUGGAACCAUGAGCCAAGCAGGUGGCACGUUGGCCUUUUUAAGUAAAAAGAAACCACACGCACAGGCAUACACACACGCACACGCACAUGCAGGAAAAGGGGGGCAGUAGCCAGGAAGGGUGUAAGGAUUGGGACAAGCUAAGUAGGGCAGAGGGCAGAUGGAGGAGGCAAGCCUUGGGUCUAUCCCCAGUACUCCUACUCCUCCUCCACCUCCAAAGGACUAGGGACAGCAUCUGCAACUGCUUAGUAAUUGUUUGGCUGACAAGACAAUUAGUUAAAUUCUCAGGUUGUGGGGACUAGGGCUGAGGGUGCUGCAGGCCAUGUGCUCAGGAUGAGAAAGGUUCAGCCCCCAGACUCAAGAUUUGAUCAAAUUAAUAGAGCUGACCAAAUGGACACAUCUAGAACUUUGCAUUCAACAACGACAGCAGUGUUAUUGACCUCGCAUGGAACAUAGCCUAAAAGGUCUUGAUCACACUUAGGUUUUAAAGUAAGUCUCAGCAAAUCAAAGCAUAGGUGCCAUUCAGGCUACCAUCCCUGACCAAAUUAUCAGUAAGUCAAUUCAGAAAAGACUGAGGUUCUGGCAUGGAGACAGAAGCAAGCAGAUCUCUGUGAAUUUUAGCCCUCCUGGAUGACAUAGUUCUAGGCCAGCCAAAGCUGCAUAAUGAAACCACACACAAAACAAAGAAAGCCCAACAGUCCGACGACAAAAACAAAACCCCUCAAACAAAUUUAAAAACCUACACAACUUAGCCUCCUAUAUUACAGAAUUAACAACAGCGACAACAAAAGUACGCCAGCCUCUUUUUAAAAAAAAUGUUUUACCUCCAUAUCACUUUACAGGUCAAACACAAACUCAGAUUGUUGGACCUUUCCCUGAGUCCAUUUUCUAUCACUAGAAGAAAAAAUACCUGAGGCUGAGGGCUCAUCUUGGGAAGAGGUUUAUUUAGUUCACAGUUUGGGAUGUUGUGGGGAGUCAUAGUCUAGCUGCCUUGAGAGGCCUGUGUCAUAAGUCUCUCAGGUUCGAAUCCAUGGCUCCUGGGGUAUUGUGUGCCCUUUAGUUCCUGAGAAACCUAGGCACUCUCUCAGUCAGUGAAGCAUUCAGGCUUCUUUGUGUUUCUCCGUGUUCCUCAGAAUUCUAGAAGCAUAUAGAAGUUAGUCAAGACAACUGGUCUUAGAAAAUAAUCUUGAGUACCGUGUAUAGUUUGCAAAUCUCACUGUGUUCUGGCAACUACAAUUGUGUUGAUCCUGGCAAUAGCCAUCAUACUGCUUCUGUUAAGGUAUACAAAGUCUGAUUGCUUGCAAUAAACUUGUCACAGCCUCAGUCUGCCUGAGACCUCUCCAAACUGAGCUUGGUUUUCAUUUCUCACUAGCCAUAUCAUGUGACCUAGGCCCAGACCAGUAGCUCUGGAUUCACAGAGAGUGAAAACCCCGGCAGCCUGAUGUCUUCUCUGGUGAUGAACCUCUGGUUUCACAUCACCUGGGAGUGCACAUGAAUGGGAAGAAGCCAGAGUGACUAGGGAGGGGUCUGCCCUGCCUACUGAUGAUUGGCUGACUGAUUGGAGGCAGUUCUUGGCCCAGCUCAUGAUGUUCUUAAUCAGUUUCAUAAGUUCAGUGUUCUGUGGCCACUUGGGCAAGCUGGAGCUGGACGCCGUCACACUGGCAAUUGCGGUUAUCAAUGUCACAGGCAUUUCAGUGGGACAUGGCCUAUCUUCUGCUUGUGACACCCUCAUCUCCCAGACAUACGGGAGCCAGAACUUGAAGCAUGUAGGGGUUAUCCUGCAGAGGGGGACACUCAUCCUGCUCCUCUGCUGCUUCCCAUGCUGGGCACUCUUCAUCAACACCGAGCAAAUUCUGCUGCUCUUCAGACAGGACCCAGAUGUAUCCAGGCUCACCCAGACUUACGUCAUGGUCUUCAUUCCAGCACUCCCUGCAGCCUUUCUUUAUACGUUACAAGUUAAAUACUUGCUCAACCAGGGCAUCGUUCUGCCUCAGGUUAUAACGGGCAUCGCUGCUAACCUUGUCAACGCCCUGGCCAACUAUCUGUUUCUCCAUCAGCUACAUCUUGGGGUGAUGGUGGAGAGGAUGGAACAGUAUUUACCCACAGCUACUGGUUUUCCCAGGGGUUCAGCGUUGGCCAAUACCAUCUCCCAGUUUGCUCUGGCCAUCUUCCUGUUCCUCUACAUUCUCUGGAGAAAACUACAUCAUGCCACCUGGGGAGGAUGGUCCUGGGAGUGUCUGCAGGACUGGGCCUCCUUCCUGCAACUGGCUAUCCCCAGCAUGCUCAUGCUGUGCAUAGAGUGGUGGGCCUAUGAGGUUGGCAGCUUCCUGAGUGGUAUCCUUGGCAUGGUGGAGUUGGGAGCCCAGUCCAUCACCUAUGAAUUGGCUAUCAUUGUAUACAUGAUCCCUGCAGGCUUCAGUGUGGCUGCCAAUGUCCGGGUGGGAAAUGCGUUGGGUGCAGGAAACAUUGACCAGGCCAAGAAGUCUUCAGCAAUUUCCUUGAUAGUCACAGAGCUCUUUGCUGUGACCUUCUGUGUCCUGCUGCUGGGCUGUAAGGAUCUCGUGGGCUACAUUUUCACCACUGACUGGGAUAUUGUGGCCUUGGUGGCUCAAGUGGUCCCCAUUUACGCUGUGUCCCACCUCUUUGAAGCUCUUGCCUGUACCUGUGGUGGCGUUCUGAGGGGCACUGGAAACCAGAAGGUUGGAGCCAUCGUUAAUGCCAUCGGCUAUUAUGUCAUCGGCCUCCCCAUCGGGAUCUCACUGAUGUUCGUUGCCAAGCUGGGAGUGAUUGGUCUGUGGUCAGGAAUCAUCAUCUGCUCUGUCUGUCAGACUUCGUGCUUCCUGGUUUUUAUUGCUCGGCUUAAUUGGAAACUCGCCUGUCAACAGGCUCAAGUACAUGCCAAUUUGAAGGUAAAUGUGGCCCUGAAUUCUGCUGUCUCUCAGGAGCCUGCUCACCCAGUGGGUCCUGAGAGCCAUGGAGAAAUCAUGAUGACAGAUCUUGAAAAAAAAGAUGAGAUUCAAUUGGACCAGCAGAUGAACCAGCAACAAGCUUUGCCUGUCCAUCCAAAGGACAGCAAUAAACUGUCUGGGAAACAGUUGGCCCUACGUCGAGGGCUCCUAUUCCUCGGGGUAGUCUUAGUCUUGGUGGGUGGGAUUUUAGUGAGAGUCUAUAUCAGAACUGAAUAAUGUAGGAAUGAAUAAUCCAGCAAUGCAGGUGCUCCUCAGUCUGUGAAGUUAAGGCCUGACAAAUCCACCACACAUCGAAAAUAUCAGGGGCUGGGGAUAUUGCUGAGGUAGACAAUCAUAUACUCAGCAUGUUCAGGGCCCUCUAACAUGGAAGUCUCUCUCUCUCUCUCUCUCUCUCUCUCUCUCUGUGUGUGUGUGUGUGUGUGCCUGUGUCUGUGUGUCUGUGUGUGUAUUUGAGAGAGACAGAGAGAUGGAGACACACACACACACACACACACACACACCCAAGAGAUAGAAGCAGAGAGACAAAGAGACAUAGACGAGAGAGACGGAGACAGAGAGAGGACACGCUCCAAGGGUGGAUAAUGUAUACAAUAUACUUAACUUACUAAAUACUAGUGUUGGAAACAUUGUACCAACUAGAAUAUUGAAUUGCAGGGCCACCUGGAGCCUGUAGCUCACUGCCACUGUCCCGUGUCUCCAAAGGAUGGUGUCACACAUUGUGAACCCAGGAAAAGCUCCCAGUUCAAAAGCAGUCUCUACUGAAUACAUGCCAUUUUUGCACCCGAUUGUAAAGUUGAGCCCGUGGAAAGUGAAUCACUGUAGGUCUGGGACCACGUGCAGUUUUGGACACAUAGAAAUUUCACAGAGCUGGCAGUGGCCGGUCAUUUGAGCUAACAGAAUUCAACUGUGCCUAUGGGUAUUAUGAACUGAGUAUUCAAAAAUGUCGUUUUUCUAAUAAAGAAUUAGGUAAACACCAUAUUGUGGCCUAAGACAAUGUGGGGGAGAUGGUGGUGGAGUAUUAAUUCAUCCGCCACUGUCAAACAUGCACUGCUGGGUACUACUGUCUUCAUUCAGGGGUGGAAUUCCUAUUUCUUCUGCCUAUUGUUUUCUAAGAUACAAACCUAUAUCUGAACUGCUUCCAUAUUCUUACUGUGUGACUUCUAUUAAAUACAUUUUAUGAUA